GGUGUUGGAUUCGUCAAAUCUUGGAUUGAUCAAACCAAACACCCUGGUCCGGUAUCGGGGAAUGGUUCAGGAUAUGCUUGGGAAUGAGUACUACAUUGGUGCUUUCAAGGAUGGGUCAACUUGGAGGACAAACAAGUACACUGACUUCUCACCGUACUCAAUGCCGCAUCCUUGUGAUUCACAUCUUUGGGAGCGCCAUCUCUUCCACUGUGUGCCUGCACCUGGACAAAAUUCUUGGACACUGGAGUCUUCACCAGGACCUGAUGUCUGCAGGAUGUCGAAUUGUUUGGCACCUGAAUUAAGAGAGAAAAGGAAGAGAGAUGGAGAUGGUGAUGCCAUGGAUGUUUCAGAAAAUGGCCAUGGCAAUUCUUCAUUCUACAAGAAGCCGAAGGAAGGUGAUGUUCAUGUCUCUUCCAGUUCAACUGAAGUGGCAAGAACCAUUCCAGAGAUGAAUGGAGGCGAUCAUCACAUACCAGGAAGCUCUUUUUCAUGUCUAGUGAAGGUGAUGACCUAG